AUGGAGUUUGUGAUUGGUGGUUUGAUUGUUGGAAUCGUUGGCUCUGCAGGCUACGCCGCCUAUCACUGGUGGUUUCGUGAUUCUCCGCAGAAUGAAGCCGAUCCAAGCCAGAAUUUCAUUCCGACCGAGCAAGACGUACAACCUGAGGCAGGCCCGGAUACAAGUACAGACACAGAUGUGGAGGUCCUGCUUCAAAGGCGUGGUUGCAUGACAGUUGCCCGCAUCCCCGACAUGCCCCUUGCUUGCCCGACCGACGCUUGCAUGAACCCGUUGCGUGUCAUCUUCAAGCAGCACUUCCCCAACGAGAACUUCAGCAGCUUCUACCACGUUGGUGUGGCUGGCCCCAACAAUUCUGGGAAGACAUCCUUGACCUGCAUCUUUCGCUGUGUACUCAUUGUCCUCGGCCAAGGAGUCGCGUAUGAAGACCCCGGUUUUCUGCCUCGUGUUAAGGAGACUUUCGCACACGUGUGCCAGGAUGACCCGCCCACGACACACAACGACAAGCGCGCACCGACCCCGCGCCGUUUCAACCAGCUCAUUCUCUGGGACCUGCCGGGGAUGGACACACCCGACCAUCCAUCCUCUUUCUACGUGGCGCAGAUGGGCCUGCGCUUUAUCAGUUACACGGUGUUCGCCUUUGGAUCAACAGAGUCAGCUGGUCUCCACGACGUCUUGCGACGAUUGCCGAAAUACCGCCUGCCUGCUGCCCUUGUGCGCACGCACAUGGACGAAACUAUCACCGAGGAGCGACGUGCUUGGCGGCGAGCAGGGAACGACCCGAGGAAAUUCAAUAAGGACGAUGCUGUGAACCAAGUCCUUCACAGCGUUCGCGAAACCUUCCACCUUGCUGAGUGCAACUACCCCCUUUUCGCCGUCAACAACAAUGCCAUUGAUGCCGAAGAGGAUGACGGGCCUCUUGCUCGUGACCCAUUUCACCUGAAGCAGCUUGUGGAUGAUGUCGUGCAGAAAGCCCGCAAGGCGCACAAGUGCUGAACAGGCCGAGCUCGCCAAUGCUCGCAGCCCAUCUCCUUCUCCCUAAACCCGCCGCCCAUCACUCUAAGCA